AUGAAGAGCAGACUGUACCUGGCGGUGUUGGCGCUGCUAGUGGCGGAUACAGCGGGACACAGGCUGAGAUACAUCCAGGAGCAUGUAGAUGUCCUGUGUCCCUGUGUCCAGGGGCGCCUGUGCCCACACUACUACGGGUCCUCGCCCCUUGACGUAAUGAACUACGGCAACCUGUCGCCUUGUGUGUCCUACGGCCGCUUCCGCUGCUGCGACGACGCUGCCAUCACCGACGCCUUGCGCCACGACGCUGCCAUCACCGACGCCUUGCGCCAGGACGCUGCCAUCACCGACGCCUUGCGCCACGACGCUGCCAUCACCGACGCCUUGCGCCACGACGCUGCCAUCACCGACGCCUUGCGCCAGGACGGCCACCAGGACUUAGAGGGCUUUGAGAGCGGCGCCUUUGGUGACACCAUUCAGGUUAUUGAAGGUGCUGGAAGUGUUGGUACUUCUGGAAGUGACAUCAGUUCUGGAAGUGACAUCAGUUCUGGAAGUGUCAUCAGUUCUGGAAGUGAUAUCAGUUCUGGAAGUGACAUCAAUUCUGGAAGUGACAUCAGUUCUGGAAGUGACAUCAGUUCUGGAAGUGUCAUCAGUUCUGGAAGUGAUAUCAGUUCUGGAAGUGACAUCAGUUCUGGAAGUGACAUCAGUUCUGGAAGUGACAUCAGUUCUGGAAGUGUCAUCAGUUCUGGAAGUGAUAUCAGUUCUGGAAGUGACAUCAGUUCUGGAAGUGUCAUCAGUUCUGGAAGUGAUAUCAGUUUUGGAAGUGACAUCAGUUCUGGAAGUGACAUCAGUUCUGGAAGUGACAUCAGUUCUGGAAGAGACAUCGGUUCUGGAAGUGUCAUCAGUUCUGGAAGUGACAUCAGUUCUGGAAGUGACAUCAGUUCUGGAAGUGACAUCACUUCUGGAAGUGACAUCAGUUCUGGAAGUGUCAUCAGUUCUGGAAGUGAUAUCAGUUUUGGAAGUGACAUCAGUUCUGGAAGUGACAUCAGUUCUGGAAGUGACAUCAGUUCUGGAAGUGACAGUUCUGGAAGAGACAUCGGUUCUGGAAGUGACAUCAGUUCUGGAGGUGACAUCAGCUCCGGAAGUGUCAUCACUUCUGGAAGUGACAUCAGUUCUGGAAGUGACAUCAGUUCUGGAAGUGACAUCAGUUCUGGAAGUGCCAUCAGUUCUGGAAGUGCCAUUAUUUCUGGAAGUGACAUCAGUUCUGGAAGUGUCAUCACUUCUGGAAGUGACAUCACUUCUGGAAGUGCCAUUGUUUCUGGAAGUGACAUCAGUUCUGGAAGUGUCAUCACAUCUGGAAGUGUCAUCAGUUCUGGAAGUGACAUCAGUUCUGGAAGUGACAUCAGUUCUGGAAGUGACAUCAGUUCUGGAAGUGACAUCACUUCUGGAAGUGACAUCAGUUCUGGAAGUGUCAUCAGUUCUGGAAGUGACAUGAGUUCUGGAAGUGACAUGAGUUCUGGAAGUGACAUCAGUUCUGGAAGUGACAUCAGUUCUGGAAGUGACAUCAGUUCUGGAAGUGACAUCAAUUCUGGAAGUGACAUCAGUUCUGGAAGUGACAUCAGUUCUGAAAGUGACAUCAGUUCUGGAAGUGAUACCAAUUCUGGAAGUGACAUCAAUUCUGGAAGUGAUAUCAAUUCUGGAAGUGACAUCAGUUCUGGAAGUGACACCAGUUCUGGAAGUGACAUCAGUUCUGGAAGUGACAUCAGUUCUGGAAGUGACAUCAGUUCUGGAGGUGACAUCAGCUCCGGAAGUGUCAUCACUUCUGGAAGUGACAUCAGUUCUGGAAGUGACAUCAGUUCUGGAAGUGACAUCAGUUCUGGAAGUGCCAUCAGUUCUGGAAGUGCCAUUAUUUCUGGAAGUGACAUCAGUUCUGGAAGUGUCAUCACUUCUGGAAGUGCCAUUGUUUCUGGAAGUGACAUCAGUUCUGGAAGUGUCAUCACUUCUGGAAGUGACAUCAGUUCUGGAAGUGACAGUUCUGGAAAUGACAUUGUUUCUGGAAGUGACAUGAGUUCUGGAAGUGUCAUCAGUUCUGGAAGUGACAUUAUUUCUGGAAGUGACAUCAGUUCUGGAAGUGACAUUAUUUCUGGAAAUGACAUCAGUUCUGGAAGUGACAUUAUUUCUGGAAGUGGCAUUAUUUCUGGAAGUGACAUCAGUUCUGAAAGUGACAUCAGUUCUUUAAGUUUCUUUAUUUCUGGAAGUGACAUCAGUUCUGGAAGUGACUUUAUUUCUGGAAGUGACUUUAGUUCUGGAAGUGAUGUCAGUUCUUUAAGUGUCUUUAUUUCUGGAAGUGACAUCAGUUCAGAAAGUGAUAUUAUUUCUGGAAGUGACAUCAGUUCUGGAAGUGACAUUAUUUCUGGAAGUGACAUCAGUUCUGGAAGUGACUUUAUUCCUGGAAGUGACAACAGUUCUUUUAGUGUCUUUAUUUCUGGAAGUGACAUCAGUUCUGAAAGUGACAUUAUUUCUGGAAGUGACAUCAGUUCUGGAAGUGACAUUAUUUCUGGAAGUGACAUCAGUUCUGGAAGUGACAUCAGUUCUGGAAGUGUCAUCAGUUCUGGAAGUGACAUCAGUACUGGAAGUGACAUCAGUUCUGGAAGUGACAUCAGUUCUGGAAGUGACAUCAGUACUGGAAAUGUCAUCAGUUCUGUAAGUGACAUUAUUUCUGGAAGUGACAUCAGUUCUGGAAGUGACAUCAGUUCUGGAAGUGACAUCAGUUCUGGAAGUGUCAUCAGUUCUGGAAGUGACAUUAUUUCUGGAAGUGACAUCAGUACUGGAAAUGUCAUCAGUUCUGUAAGUGACAUUAUUUCUGGAAGUGACAUUAUUUCUGGAAGUGACAUCAGUUCUGGAAGUGACAUCAGUACUGGAAAUGUCAUCAUUUCUGUAAGUAGCAUAAAAUCUAAUAAUGGCUUCAGUCCUGGAAGUUGCAUAAGUUUAGGAAAUAGCCUCAAUUCUGGAAGUGACAUCAGUUCUGGAAGUGACAUCAGUUCCGGAAGUGGCACGAGUUCCGGAAGUAAUAAAAGCAUCAAUUAUGGGGAAGAAAUUAGCCCUGGAAGCGCCAUUAUCUCCCACAGCGACACCAGUGAAGGGAUCGUGAUUAUUUUUGGAAGCCCACUAGGCUAUGGAGACAGGCCCUCGGACAAUGGGUCUUCCACCAGUGCUGUUUCAGGCCCUCAGGCCGAUGGUGUGAAUUCUUCCAACGAUGAAUCUGAACUGUCCGACGAGCCUGAGAUUCAAUGCAUGGCCAUCAGCCUGUGCAAGCGUCGCUAUGGCUCGUCCAUGGCUGAUAGUCUGAUCUACGGCUUCCUCUCCUUAUGUCCGGUGAAUCAGGUCCGGUGUCUUGACGGCGUGUCAUCAUCAUCCCAGGAUGAUGAGAGGGCUAACUUUAGCAAUCAGGAUUCGGUGCUCAAACUGGCAGCCAGUCAGGAUGUUCAACGAUCUAGCGUCUUCGCCUAUGGCCUUCGAAACAACACUCUUGGAACGGUUGAGAUGAAGAGCCCUGACACAGUUGCCUCUCUUCCCGCCCAAAAGUUACGCUGGCAGCCAUUUAUCUUUGUCCGUAAUGGCUUCCAGAAUCUCCCACACCACCAGGCCCUCGGAGCCACACCUCUGCUACAGCACCAAGCCCUCGGAGCCACACCUGUGCCACACCACCAGGACCUCGGAGCCACACCUGUGCCACACCACCAGGCCCUCGGAGCCACACCUCUGCUACACCACCAGGCCCUCGGAGCCACACCUGUGCCACACCAGCAGGCCCUCGGAGCCACACCUCUGCUACACCACCAGGCCCUCGGAGCCACACCUGUGCCACACCACCAGGCCCUCGGAGCCACACCUCCGCCCAUUAAGAUCCCAGACCUACGGUUUCGGCACACCACAGUUGACAACACCAAUCCACCAACAUUCAGGUUUAAAAACCCUCUUAGAUUUCCCAUUGCGCUUUUGUUUCAAUAA